UGUGUAGUAUACUAUGAAGAACCUUGCCAAGUAAAUUUAAUAAGAUUUGUUUUGUACAUGCCCUCAACUACCUCAAGUAACUAUAAAGUUAUGUUGAAUCCGUUCGAGCCGUUAUUACCGGAUGGAUUUAAUUUUUCUGCUCCUAUUAAAAUAAUAAUUCAUGGAUAUGCCGGAAACGAAAAUAACCCAGCAGUUAGUUCGAUACCGAAAACUUAUACGAGUGCGGGAUAUCAAGCUAUUAUGGUUGAUUGGAGUUCUUUGGCAAAAGCUCCUUGUUAUCCCGCAGCUUUUUUGAAUACUUGGCACGUGGGACAAUGUGUAGCAAUUUUAGCGGCUAGUUUAUCAAGUUAUGGAAUUAUGCCAAAUCAAUUCCACGCUUUAGGGUUUAGUUUAGGAGCUCACAUCGCUAGUUUUGCAAGUAAUCAUUUAAAAAAAGUAAUUGGGUUUAGUUUGGGAAGGAUAACAGGAUUAGAUCCAGCAUUGCCAUUUUUUGCAUCUCACAUAAAUGACUGGAAAUUAGAUCCUUCUGAUGCCGAUUUUGUUGAUGUAAUUCAUACAAAUGCUGGAUCCUUUGGUAAAAUAGAACCGAUUGGACAUGCUGAUUUUUAUGUGAAUGGUGGUUCUACUCAACCGGCUUGUGAAAAUAAUAUAUACACACCAUAUUGUAGUCAUAUGAUGGUGAAUUUAUACUAUUCGGAAUCAAUAGUUUCAAAAAAAUUCGUCGCAACUGAAUGUCCUAGUGUGUUUGAUUAUCUUUUAGGUAGUUGUAGUGGAGCUAGGAAAAGAUUGGCAAUUAUGGGUGAACACUGUGAUUCGAAGUAA